AUGGCUGCCCCCGCACCUAAACCGGCACCCCGGCAACCAGCCGAGGGCCCGCCCACGCGCGGGGAAAGGGCGCGCAGCCGAUUGGACGAUCCCUGCGUCGGUCGGGACAACGCGUGCCGAUUGGUCCCGCGGGCACAGCGGGGCUCUCAGCAGCGCCGCCUGGCGGUUCGCAGCCGCCGUCGCCGCCGAGCCCCGCGGGACCCGGCAGAGCCCGGGUUUCCGUCCCGAGGGGCCGCGGGAGGGGAGGCGGAUCCUUCAUCAUCUCCUGUGGCUCAACUGGAGGUCACAGAAAACCCGGCGGGUGACACAAGUGUACCAAGAACUGAAAAGCGCAGCAGGCAGUCUUUAAGUGAUGUUUGUGCAGAGCUUGGGCUGUGGCUGAGCGAGCCUGCGGGGUCAGGGCUCUGCGCAGCUGAGGGCAGCGGGAAGGGUGCUCGGGUUUUGCGGGUCCUGGUGGAGGCCCACAGGGUGCAGCUGGAAAGCCCAGGCAGCUGCAUCCACUUCAGCCAGGUCUUCCCACUGCCCUGCCAGCACAUCCCGGAUAGGGAGACCCUGCAGCCAGAAUUGCAGCAGAAGGGAUGCGAUGCUUAUUGGGCUGAGGGAGGCAAUGCUGGUGGCCUCUUGGAGGCCCUGAACAGCUCCAGGAAUGAGUCUCUGGUGGUGUCCUUCCUCGCAGCAAAAUUCAGACAGCUUCUCACCUGCUGCAGCAGGGAUGAGCCUGAGCUUAGGUACAGGGCUCUCUGGGGGCUGGCGGUUGGGUCAGGCCCUGCAUUGAGGUGUGCUGAACCAGCCGCUCUGUGCACACCCUCGGGAGCCACAGGGCAGCAGAGGUGCAGGAGGCCAUUCCUCGCUCUGCCUGCAUUGGGCCUCCCCCUGUAUUCCCCUCAGCCUGUUGCUCAGGACGGAAGGGGCAGCUGUGGUCCUUGAUCUGCCGAGAGAGCG